AUGGCUUCUCAGGGUUAUCUCUUCUCGUGCUUUGCUCCUCUCCCUAUUCGAGCUUCUCCCCCGCUUCCUCUCCUUCAAUGGCGAUCGAUUCCAUUCUCUGCUACUCGGAGUGGUGGAUUUCAUGGUGGACAGAGCUUAAGGGUGGUGAAAGCGAGUGUUGAUGCUGGUUCUUCUGGGGUUGAUCCCAAGGCUGGGGUGGCGGUCUACAAGCCGAAGUCAUAUGAAAUCCUUGUCUCCGACGCGGCGCGGUCGCUUGUUUUCGCUAUCGAGGAUGGAAAGACCCGUCUUGAAAUCGAUUUCCCGCCUUUGCCGAGCAGCAUCUCUAGUUACAAGGGAUCUUCUGAUGAGUUUAUUGAUGCUAACAUCCAACUUGCAUUGGCUGUGGUGAGAAAGCUCCAACAGAUAAAAGGAACCAAGUCUUGCAUUGUUUUUCCUGACAGACCAGAAAAGAGAAGGGCUUCCAAGUUGUUUAGGGCUGCUCUUGAUACGAUUGGUGAUGUGAGUCUUGCCUCUUUGGAUGAUUUACCUAGUGGACCUGUUACUACCUUCUUCAAAUCCAUAAGAAGCACAUUGGAUUUUGAUUUUGCGGAUACAGACGAAGAUCGUUGGAAACCAGAUGAACCGCCAUCAUUGUUGUUAUUUAUCAACUGUAGCACACGUGAUCUUUCUGUUAUAGAGAAGUAUGUGGAAAAGUUUGCCACAUCAACUCCUGUUCUUCUCUUCAAUCUGGAACUAGACACAUUGCGUUCAGACUUGGGUCUUUUGGGUUUUCCCACCAAAGAUAUACACUAUAGAUUUCUUUCUCAGUUUGUUCCAGUAUUCUACAUCCGCACGAGAGAGUAUUCAAAGACAGUGCCAGUUGCACCUUACAUAGUGAACUACAAUGGAGCUCUCUUCCGCCAAUAUCCUGGGCCUUGGCAGGUGAUGCUUAAACAGACUGAUGGCUCGUAUGCUUGUGUAGCCGAAAGCACAACCCGCUUCACGCUAGGGGAGACGAAGGAUGAACUCCUACGUGUUCUUGGACUUCAAGAAGAGCAAGGAAGCUCGUUAGAAUUUCUAAGAAGAGGAUACAAGAACACGACAUGGUGGGAAGAAGAUACAGAUUUGGAGCUGUCUUCUGCAUGGAGAAGUUGAGCAUUCAUCAGACCAUGUUGUUGAUGAAGAUGUAUUUUUGGCCUCCAGAUUGAGGAAGGUCAAAUUCCCAGCCUCUUGAUCAUCUUAAAAUUCCCAGCAUCUUACUAAAAAAAUCCUGCAGCUUUUCUUUAUGCCAUUUGUUCUUAACCCUUGCAAUGUAUUCUUUUCUAUUUAUACAAUAUGUAUUUCUUUGGAGUGUUUGAAGUUUUGUGUAGAAACCUUAACAGAGCAUUGAAAUUGCAUGUAAAAUUCCUCUUUA